AUGGGUUACGACAGCUCCUCCGCAAAGGGCGGCAAUGAAGCUACAGACCCUCUUUUUCUCAACCACUCAGACCAUCCCGGGUUGGUUCUUGUUUCAAAGAAACUCAAUGGCGACAACUACAACACCUGGUCUCGCUCGAUGAAGAUCUCUCUUAGUGCUAAAAAUAAAAUUGGGUUCAUAGAUGGAUCCAUCAAGAAACCAAAGGCAGAUAAGCACCCUCUCGAUUCUACGGCAUGGUAG